AUGGCGUCCCCGGGGCCGUUCCACCAUCACCACAUAGGCCAGUCGCGGGGGAAGCGGAGCUGGAAAGAGCUGCAAUUUCAGAGGGCAAGGGCACACUUUGAUCUGAUCCUCCAGGCUGCCAUCCAGAUGUCGCCGUGCAUGACCUCACACUUCUGUCUGCUGGUCCUACCAGUGAUGUCACUGCUCGUGCUCUUCUCUCCUAUUGGCUGGAGCUACGACGGCCUCACCCCAGGGUGUCACCUACACCCCUUCAACGUGACCAUCCGCAGUGACCGCCGCGGCACAUGUAAAGGCACCCACCUCGUCUACGCCUGCGUGGGCUACUGCGAGUCCAGCGCCUUCCCAUCCAGAUACUCGGUGCUGGUGGCCUCCAACUUCACCCACAACAUCACCUCCGCUUCACGAUGCUGCACCAUCAGCAGGGAUGCUAAGGUCAAAGUUCGCCUGGACUGCCCUCGAGGUCGUCACCAUGACGAAAUAGAGAUCCUGACGGCGAAGGCGUGCCGCUGUGACAUGUGCCGCAAGUCCCGCUACUGACUCAUCGAGACAGGAUACCUGCAUACCGAAUGUACCCCAGGAUUAGAGCCACGUGUUGUCAGUUAAACGCUACAAACUCUGGUAAAUUAUUGAAAUACAACCCUUUUUCUAUCUAUUUCGACUUGUUUUUAAUGUUGAAGAAAAUCCACUUUAACUUAUUGAACUGAAAAGGAAUCAGUUCUCUAUGGUUUCCUCCAUUUGUGUUCUCAAAGAAUCUGCAGUAAAUCCACUAAAACCAAGUGAAAUUCAUUCAGGCGGAGUCACACCUGCUGUGGAUCAGUCACUAACUUAAGAAUAAGAUCAAAAUCCAAAAUUCACACUUUUUGAGGUCUGUGAGUGUGGUGUUUUUGUGUGCUUUUGUAAAAUGUGACGUAUGGGAGGUUUUUCUAUAAAUCUUGAUUGAUGCACAUGUGAUAAAAGGCUUUAUGAACCAUUAUGUCAGUCACACUUCAAACAAACUGAACCUUUUUAUACAUGUUAGCUUUGAAGCUUGGCAGACUCGUGACUUUGUAAGCAGUUAGAAAUAAGAAUCACACCACCAUUCGUACUUUGAGUAGUGACUAAGUACACAGAGACUCCAGGAUUAUAAUCAAAAAGACUGGGUUUACCUCACUUUCACAUUUUAAAUUAUGACUAAAAUGAAUGAGAACAUUACAUUGCAGUAAAGGGAGUCAUCCCAUUGACUCGGUUAACCAACAAAACAGUAAAUAUACAGUCAAACUUUAGAAUCAACAUUAAAGAUCAUGUGUACAAGUAGUUUCAUUCUUUGCAAUAACCACUAAACACGGACAAGAGACCAAAGAAUGUAAAAACUUAUAUUUAUAUUUAUGAAUUUGAACUAAAGGACAUUUUGUAAAUAGUAUCUAUUUGAUGAAACCAAAUAAUGUUGGAAAUGUCAACGAAAUGAAAAG